AUGAUAAGUAUUAUUAGCUUUAUACCGAGAUCGAAAUCUAAACUCAUAUUUCUCAUAUCUUCAGAAAAACUUCCAAUUUAUGAGCCGAACAUCCCGGAGCCGACAUCCCGAGAGGAGCUGCUCAAAUACUGGCUCAACAUUUCAUUGGACGAAAGAACUGCCAAUAAGGUGCUGUGGUUGACCGAGGGCGGGGCUAAAGUGUCCCGCAUGACAGAUGAGGUGUGUCCUUACCUGGACAGGCCAGAGAGAUUUGACCACAGUCCUCAGGUGCUGUGUAAGGAGUCUAUCUGGGCGUCGCGCUGUUAUUGGGAGGUGCUGUACUCUGGCUGGGUGGUUAUAGGAGCAGCAUAUGAAGGUGCUGGGAGGAAAGCAGGGGACGGUCCCUGUGGCCUCGGGGAGAACGAGGAGUCGUGGGGUCUGGGUUGGGCUGGAUCCUGCUAUGAAGCCUGGCAUAAAGGAUCCAGCAGCAGGGUGUCAGAUGUGCCUCAGUGCUGCACUAUAGGGGUGUAUGUGGAUCAGCCCGCGGGUCUGCUCUGCUUCUACACCGUGGAGACAGACGAAGAUUCAAAGAAAAAAGAAGUCAAACUUCUUCACAGGUUUAAAAAUCCUAUAAAGGAGAAAAUGCUGCCAGGUUUCUGGGUGGGAAGACAGUCCUCUUGCUUAAUACUCAAGAAAGAGGAAUGAGGAAGAGGGGGAGACAAGUAAUACUGUGGCUUGUAUUUUAUUUUACACUGUAAAACCUCAUCAGUUUAUAUUUGAAAGGACUGUUUCUGUUUGAAAUUAAGAUACUGUUUGAAAUCUGUUUUUCAUUAUAUAGUCUGCUAAUGCCUUUUUUUUUUUAAGUGGUAAAUUUUCAGGUACACAAAUUUGAUUUAAAAAAACGUAUCAUGGAUAUCAUCAUUCUAGAAUUCAUUUCUGAAUUAAUUCUGAAUCAUUUUGCACCUUUCUUUGCAUCGAACCCAGUCAUGCUGCUGACCUGUCCAGUUUUUUUUUUUUUUUUGGGUUUCAAUUGCUCUUGUCUGCUCCUGAAAUCGCUUCAUUCGCUUCCUGUGCACUCUUUAUGAUGCCAGCUUCUGUGACUCUGAGAUAUAAAAAUAUAGAAAUAAAUAAAAAAUAAAAUAACAGAGAAAAAGCAUAUUUAGUGCAUCAUUCAUUAGUAACUGCUGUGCUAACUCUUGUUAGUAAUACCGUCGCUCUUUUUGAUCAGCAAAACACAAGCAGAUCACUGUGUUUAAUCUAUACAUAAAUGCAUUUCAUACAAGUGCUUUGGGUAUGAAGUGGAAAUGAACAUUUUCUUUCAGCUGCUGUUGAUGGAUUGUAAUAGUUGAGAACAGCUGUGUUUAGCAGUAAAUGUGAACUGAAGCUCUUGGGGUUUGAACAUGGUCUCUGGAGACGGAGCUGCUCUAUUCUGAGACCAUCAGAAUCACUAAAGCUGUCAAUGCAAAUCUGAUUUCAGCUCAAACUCACAGUUUCACUGUUUGAUCGGUUCAACGCUCUGAACUGAGACACUUUCACUUCUGCUCAUGCACUGAUGAGACAGUUAUGAAGUUUGAGUCGUAGUUUCAU